AUGGUCCGCCCGUUCAGGUCCAUUGCUGCUGUGUCGCAGAAUAUGGGCAUCGGGAAGGACGGAGACCUUCCUUGGCCCCCGCUCAAGCAAGAGUUUGCAUAUUUUCAGAAAAUGACCAGAACUACUACACAGAAAGGAAAACAAAAUGUAGUGAUAAUGGGUAAGAGGACUUGGUUCUCCAUUCCUGAAAAAAGUCGGCCUUUAAAAGGCAGAAUUAAUAUAGUGCUCAGCAAAGAACUGACGGAAACGCCUGAAGGAGCUCACUUUUUGGCUAGAACUCUAGAUGAGGCGCUAGAUCUUCUAGAAUUACCAGAGUUGGCAAAACUGAUAGACAUGGUUUGGAUAAUUGGAGGCAGUUCGGUAUAUAAGGCAGCAAUGGAGAAGCCAACUCAUCAGCUGCUGUUCCUGACAAGGAUCUUCCAAUACUUUGAAAGUGAUACAUUUUUUCCAGAAAUUGAUUUAAAACAAUUCAAGCUUCUGCCAGGGUACCCAGGUGUGCCUGAUGGUAUUCAGGAAGAGAAUGGCAUCAAGUACAAGUUUGAAGUGUAUGAAAAGAACAUCUGUGGUAACAUAUGAAGUCUCUUGUCUCAACAUAUGAUUCUGCAGCACAUUUUACAGUGUGGUCACAAGUACACAACAAUAAGCCCUGCUGAAACAAGGCAGACUU